AUGGUUGGAGAAAUUGGAUCAUCCCAAAGUGGAAAGCUCACCAUAUUCAACUGUUUAGAUGGGGGUUCAGGAACAUUAGCAUGCAUAGUAAAAGAAAGUGUGAAACUAUACACAUACAACAUCAGACCACUUCAUGUUGAAGUUGCAAGAAACAAAGCAAUCAAAGCAUCACCAGAUCUUCCCGAGUUGUUUGUUGCUGAUGUCAUCUGUUGCACAUGUGUUGGUUCCGGAGAUCCUCGGUUGGCAAAUUUUAGAUUCUGUUGUUGGCUUAAUUCAGAUUCUGGGACAAAAAGAGUCCUAGGGGUUGUUCUUGUUGGUGACCAUUGUCAGCUCAGUCAAGGUGGGCCCGAUGACUGCAAAUUUAUCCCUAAACCUGCCCCCGAUGGUCCUUUGGUAAUGUUGAUGGAAGAAAGGAAUAUGAAGCCACUUGAUUCAAAUCUUGCAACAUUAUCAACAAGAUGCAGUAAAGAUUUGGAGUUGAAUUUGGCUAAGUCAUUCUUGAGUGAGAUGGGCGAAUGUACAACUGCUUAUCCAUAUAAUCGGGUGCUUGGAGCAUUAGUCUUAAAUAAUUAUGAAAGGCAAGAUGCAACUUUACCUAGUUGGAAUUUGAUGUACAUAGUAGAUUAG